GGAGAGAGACAUUAGCGUGACUUUUAGUGACCUCGGAGAAGCUAAACUCCCCACCCGGAAGUUUGAGGUUUAUAAAUGUUACUGCUGCACAGGAAGCACGGUCGGGACCGCAGCUUUGUCAGAAGUUAUUUUUCUGCUCGCUAGCGUGUGCAAGCAAAUUGUUUUCCUGAUGCGUCAAAAGGGAGUUUCCAUUGAUGAUCUUCAAGUUGUAGUCAUUAAUGCCAUGGUCCUCUCCCAUUCCUUCCCUUAAUCCCUAAUAAUCAAGGAACGAUUUGCAAGAAUAGUUCUUUACCUCUGGAAAAUAAAGUAUCCUGGGUUAAAAUCCUGAAAAGGAGGAAGAUGGAAAGAAGAUUUGGGGAUUCAAUUCCAAAUUUCUCUUUAAUCAUUAAAUUGAACUGCAGAUAACUGCUGAAGUACAUUUUUUCUUUCCAGUAUUUUACUUACCACUUAAGAUUAGGCAAAUGUUUUAUAUUCACUACGGAGUGUUUUGCACUUUGAUAGAGCUAAUGUCAUUUCCAGUUGUAAAAACGUUUGGCAUAUUGUCAUUGGGGGAUUUUUCAGUAUUUGCAGUGAGCAGACUUUUAAAACAGCACUGACAUCCAAUGGCUGCAUAAAGUAAUACAGAGAAAUAUCUGUUUUCCAAAAAAAAAAAAAAAAAGACAGUGGAAUGAUUCCUUAAACAAACAAGCAAAAGACCACUGUGUUUUAGAAGAAAGAUCAUGGGCUUUGACCUAAAAUGUGGAUUAUUGUAAGUAGAAAUGCUACCCUAGUCUGUUAUAAAUUACGAUUCCUUGAACCUACUUCACUGCUAAAAACUGGGUAAAAUGUAUUUUAAGAGGCAAUUAUUACAGUUCCUUACUGCCUGAUGGUAGGCCUUUGGUAAAUGUUUUAUUUCACCCGAUUGAAUAAAAUAACAGUGAUAAAAAAAAUUAAUCCCAGUGUCAGUUAAAAAAAAUACUGCUACAGGGUAAUAUCACUAGGGGGGAAUUGUUUAAUUCAAAUGUCCACACAGUCUAGAACCUUGUAUCUUAAACUUUCCAGUUUUAUUUUUCAUUACUUCAUAGAUGUUUGCAUUUUGGACCACUGAAUAAGCCAGUGGCCAAGAAUCCAACUUCUGCCUUGCUUUUUAAAGGACUUACAAACUAUACAGGAAAGCAAGUAAGUUUAAUUUAUGAAUAAUUUAGUAAAGAAUUUGGUGUUAGUUAAUGCUGAUUGAAAUUUUAAGGUGGCUGUGCCUCUAUGGUCCCUCAGCUUCACAGAAAAAAAACAAAAAAGAGCAGUUUCUUAGUAACAUGAGUUAUCUAUCUACACUUGGGGAAAAAAACCCACAAGUGUAUACCUGCCAUUCCCAUUAGUUCAAGAUGAAUUUUGGCACAUAGCAGGUGUUCAAAAUUAGUUUUGAAUCUUUAUCACCCUGACCAAUGAACUACCAAAACUCAAACCUUCCAACCUGCUUCCUAUGUCGGUCCCAUUUUAAAAACUGUGACCUACAAGAAAAGAAGAAAUUCACCAAAUCAAAAGAGAGGAAGUGUUAAGCAAAUACAGGAACCAAAAAAAGUUGUAGAGGCUGCUUUAGACGGUCUCAUUUAGUUCCUUUGUGGUCCUCUUCUUCACCACAUGCCAAAGCAGUUCUUCACAACCUGUGAGACCAGAGCAUCUUGGGUGUGGAACAAUGGAAGAGCUGGAUGCUUUAUUGGAGGAAUUGGAACGCUCCACCCUCCAGGACAAUGAUGAAUAUUCUAACCCAGCUCCUCCUUCCCUGGAUCAGCAUUCCAAAAAGGAGAGUAACCUUGCUGAGGCUUCAAAGAUCCUGCCCCAUCAGGGUAACGCAAAUCCCUCCUCGGUGCAGCUUGUGUAUACUACAAGUAUCCAGGAGCCCAAUGUCUACAGUGAAGUUCAAGAGCCAAAGGAAUCACCACCACUUCCUAAAACUUCAGCAGCUGCUCAGCUGGAUGAACUCAUGGCCCAUUUGAGUGAAAUGCAGGCCAAGGUUGUGAUGAAGGCAGAUGCCAGCAAGAAACAGUUACCAGACAAGCAGGAUCACAAGGCUUCCCUGGAUUCAAUGCUUGGGGGUUUGGAGCAGGAAUUGCAGGACCUUGGGAUUGCCACCGUGCCCAAGGGCCACUGUGCUUCCUGCCAGAAACCGAUUGCUGGGAAGAUGAUCCAUGCCCUAGGACAGUCAUGGCAUCCAGAGCACUUUGUCUGUACUCACUGCAAAGAAGAGAUUGGCUCCAGUCCCUUCUUCGAGCGGAGUGGCUUGGCCUACUGCCCCAAAGACUACCACCACCUUUUUUCUCCACGCUGUGCCUACUGCGCUGCUCCUAUUGUGGACAAAGUGCUAACAGCAAUGAACCAGACAUGGCACCCAGAGCACUUCUUCUGCUCUCACUGUGGAGAGGUGUUUGGUGCUGAAGGCUUUCAUGAGAAGGACAAGAAGCCAUAUUGCAGAAAAGAUUUCUUAGCCAUGUUUUCACCCAAGUGUGGUGGUUGCAACCGCCCAGUGUUGGAAAACUACCUUUCAGCUAUGGACAAUGUCUGGCACCCAGAAUGCUUUGUGUGCGGGGACUGCUUCAGCAGUUUUUCUACUGGCUCCUUCUUUGAACUGGAUGGACAUCCAUUCUGUGAGCUCCACUAUCAUAACCGCCGAGGAACCCUCUGCCAUGGAUGUGGGCAGCCCAUCACUGGUCGCUGCAUCAGUGCCAUGGGUCAUAAAUUCCACCCUGAGCACUUUGUGUGUGCAUUCUGCCUGACACAGUUGUCAAAGGGCAUCUUCAGGGAGCAGAAUGACAAGACCUAUUGCAAAUCCUGCUUCAAUAAGCUCUUCUCACUCUGAUCUCAACCAAUCUACAACUUCGUCAAACGGCCUAGAAAAUGUAAACCAAGAUGAGAGAGUACAUUUGCUGUUACUGACUUUUUGCUUAAAUAGGCUUAUAGAGAAUGUAAAGGUGAUGAGUAAAUAAGGGGACAUCGAGACAUUACAUGAUUAGACUUAGAAUAUUUUAUUUUAGGAUUCUAGUUUUAUAUCUUUUUAAUCUGGAACUUGGAUUUAGACCUACGUCUUACUAUUAAGUCCCUCUGCAGUUAUAUUUUCUGCAUGCACCUUUUGUUCUACCUCUGGUUUUCUGUUUCUAAUUUCUACCUCUCCUGGUGGCCUUCAGAUAUGUCCUGCUCCAAGCUUCCUUGUUUCCCUGAAUAAUCACUGCUGUGUCAUUGUCCUUGCUGUUAGGAAUCAUGAUACCACUCUUUAAUUCUUUGCCUCUCCCUUCAAUGUAUUUCUCUUUUUCAUGGGGAAAUAGAUUUUAACUGACAUCCUUGAUAAAUAAAAUGGCUUGUGGUUUUGAUGA